CUGGAGUGGCUCAGGACGGAGCUGAGGGAGAUGCAGGCUCUGGACCAGCGGCUGGCGCAGCAGCUGAUGCGGCUGCGGGCGCGGCUGCACCGGCUGAAGGUGGAGCAGGCCUGCCACCAGCACAAGGAGAUGCUGGACGACGCCACCUUCGGCCUCGAGGGCUGCGAGGAAGACUCGGAUCUGCUCUGCACCAUCCCCCCCAAGGCCGCCUUCCUGCUCUCCACCCCGCUCAAGCACAUCGGCGUCACCCGCAUGAACAUCAACUCCCGGCGCUUCUCCCUCUGCUGAGCCGCCCCCGGAGCCUGCGGGGGAGCCUCCAGGGGGUUUUGGGGCUCAGAGAUCCCUCCCCAAAUCUCUCAGCACUCGGGGCGAUGCCACGGCUGCCACGGGAGUGUCACCACCGCCAGGGGACACCGGGUGUUUGGGGCGGGGGGGUCAAGCCCGGUGGGGAAUGUGGGGAGCAGCUCUUUGAGGAGGAAUAAAAGGAGGUGAGGGUGAGAGCU